CUGCAUCACUUGGUGGUGGUGCUCUUGAACUUGUUCCUUCCUUGCAUGUGUUAUGGAUCAUCCUUUUUUUGUUUUCUUGAUUGUUUUGAUCCAUGUGCAUGGGUAAUCUCUUCUUGGAUGUUCCUGCUUUUUUGCUUUGAUUAUUGGAUAGUAGAUCACACCAAUAUAUUGCAAAGUAGUUCUAGUGCUUUGGUGCUGCUAGAGAAUGGGAACAAGUGAAUGGCAUAUUGAACGAAGAUCUAGCUUUGAUACUGAAUACCCCCUAGCAGGAAAUGCACCUGAAACUGGAUCACUCUCUGUUGUUGUGCUUGGUGCUUCUGGUGAUCUUGCCAAGAAGAAGACAUUUCCUGCACUUUUCAACCUAUAUCGGCAGGGAUUCUUACCACCAGAUGAAGUUCAUAUUUUUGGUUAUGCAAGGACAAAAAUCUCUGAUGAUGAAUUGAGAAACCGAUUGCGUGGCUAUCUUGUUCCAGACAAAGGUGCUUCCCCCAAGCAGUUGGAGGAUGUAUCGGAGUUUUUACAACUGAUCACAUAUGUAAGUGGCUCUUAUGAUUCUGAGGAUGGCUUUCGCUUGUUGGAUAAAGAGAUUCUAGAGCAUGAAUCUUUGAAAAACAGUGUAGAGGGUUCAUCUCGGAGGCUUUUCUAUCUUGCACUUCCCCCUUCAGUAUAUCCAUCUGUUUCAAAGAUGAUCAAGACUUGUUGCAUGAACAAAUCUGAUCUUGGUGGAUGGACACGUGUUGUUGUUGAGAAACCUUUUGGUAAGGAUCUAGAAUCUGCAGAAGAACUCAGUAAUCAGAUUGGAGAGUUGUUUGAGGAACCACAGAUUUAUCGUAUUGAUCACUACCUGGGAAAGGAACUAGUGCAGAACUUGUUAGUACUUCGUUUUGCAAAUCGGUUUUUCUUGCCUCUUUGGAACCGCGAUAACAUUGCUAAUGUGCAGAUAGUUUUCAGAGAGGACUUUGGAACUGAAGGUCGUGGUGGAUACUUUGACCAGUAUGGAAUCAUUCGAGAUAUUAUUCAAAACCAUCUGCUGCAGGUUUUUUGUUUGGUUGCAAUGGAAAAACCAGUUUCUCUUAAGCCUGAGCACAUUCGGGAUGAGAAAGUGAAGGUUCUUGAAUCAGUACUCCCUAUUAGAGAUGAUGAGGUUGUUCUUGGACAAUACGAAGGCUAUAGAGAUGACCCAACUGUACCUGACCAUUCAAAUACUCCAACUUUUGCGACUGUUAUUCUGAGAAUACACAAUGAAAGAUGGGAAGGUGUUCCUUUCAUACUUAAAGCAGGGAAGGCCCUAAAUUCUAGAAAGGCAGAGAUACGGGUUCAAUUCAAAGAUGUUCCUGGUGAUAUUUUCAAAUGUAAAAGGCAGGGGAGAAAUGAGUUUGUUAUCCGCCUACAGCCUUUAGAAGCUAUGUACAUGAAGCUUACGGUCAAGCAGCCUGGACUGGAAAUGCACACAGUUCAAAGCGAACUAGACUUGUCAUAUGGGCAACGGUAUAAUGGGGUAACCAUUCCGGAGGCUUAUGAGCGUCUAAUUCUCGACACAAUUAGAGGUGAUCAGCAACAUUUUGUCCGCAGGGAUGAGUUGAAGGCAUCCUGGGAGAUCUUCACCCCACUUCUGCACAGAAUUGAUGAAGGGGAGUUCAAGCCAAUGCCUUACCGACCAGGAAGCAGAGGUCCUGAAGAAGCAGAUCAGUUACUGGAAAAAGCUGGCUAUGUUCAAACACACGGUUAUAUAUGGAUCCCUCCUACCUUGUAGAAUGAUCAAAUGUAAUAACACGAGGAUUUUUAGUUGCUUAUAAUGCGCAAUAAGCUUGAGGAGUUUCCCUUAGAACAGGACUCUCUCCUUAUGGGUGUGUAUCAAACAUCUGAACAUGCGAGUGUUUGACAAAGUUUGAGUAGCAUGCAUUUGCCUCUGAAUGCAAAAUA